CAGACGAGUGAGCAUGAAUUUUAAACAUGGAUCAGUCAUUUGUAAACGUCAAUGGACAGGGGAUAAGACAAUGACGUCGACGGCUAACAGAUACUUGGACAAAAUCAACUGAACUCCGAAACAACAAUUUUAAAGGCGUUCUAACUUAUGUUGUGAAUAUGUUGAUUCAGCUCACAUUCAGGAUGAAGAUUUCAAUCAUGUUUGAUACGCUUCAUUUUUGUAGAUACCAUGCCUAAUGCAUCUACUGUAUUUCUUAUUGGGAAAUAUUAACGACAGCCUAUAAUGUAACUAAAUAUUUGUUUAAAAUGAGUAACAACACUGUGACCGGGAGGAUCAUGAUCCCGACUAUACCGUCCAUCAUGUUUAUUUUCGGUGUGGUGGGAAAUGUCAUUGCCAUCGUGGUACUCUGCAAAUCCAGGAAAGAACAGAAGGAGACCACGUUCUACACGCUGGUAUGCGGUCUGGCGGUUACAGACCUUUUGGGGACACUCCUAGCCAGUCCCGUCACCAUCGCAACCUAUGUGAAAGGCUCGUGGCCAGGCGGGGAACCACUGUGCCAGUAUUUUGGAUUCAUCAUGCUUUUCUUCUCUCUAGCGGGGCUCAGCAUUAUAUGCGCUAUGUCCGUGGAGAGAUACUUGGCGAUAAACCACGCGUAUUUCUACAACGACUAUGUGGAUCAGAGACUGGCGGGCAUGACGCUUCUGGCUAUUUACAUCUCCAACGUGCUUUUCUGCGCUCUACCUAGCAUGGGUCUGGGACAAGUCAAAAAGCAGUACCCACAAACCUGGUGCUUCAUAGAGUGGCGGAGCAACGUGAGGACCGAUGCCGCCUUUUCAUAUAUGUAUGCGGGGUUCAGUUCGAUUCUAAUUCUAGCCACAGUUAUCUGUAACGUUCUGGUAUGCGGUGCUCUGAUUCGAAUGCACCGGCGGUUUGUCCGGAAGAUGUCAUUGUGGACAGACCCCGGACGAAACACAGACCCGAGAAGGAGACGCAGCUUCGGGCAUCUGGCCGGCGCAGAGAUCCAGAUGGUGAUUGUACUCAUUUGUACCUCAGCGGUGGUGCUUAUAUGCUCAAUUCCACUUGUUGUGCAAGUGUUUCUGAACCAGAUUUAUAAGACUCCGGUGGAGCUGAGACUGGAGAAGAACCCAGAUCUACGGGCGAUCCGCUUCGCCUCAUUCAACCCCAUCCUGGACCCCUGGAUCUACAUCCUCCUCCGCAAGGCCGUGCUCCUCAAGCUCAUUGAGCAGAUCAAGUGUCUGUUCUGUAAGAUAGGAGCACAGAGACAGCAGAGACAGGGAGCACAGAACUGCCACUGCAUUGAUGAACACCAGCUCCACUCCAUCAUCUCUUCACAAGAGUUCCCGUCAUUGGUGUCCCGUGAGCUGAAAGAGGUGUCCAGCACCUCUCAGGUCGUCCUCUACCUUCCUGAUGGAAGCUGUCAUCACACAGGAGAGCAGGUUGGGCUCCGCAAUUCCUCUGUCCAAGACCCCCAAAGUUCUUAUUUGUCAGAACAGAGAAGUACAGAGGAUGGGAGGAGAGAGGUGACAAACCUAACCAGGGACCCCUCUGGUGUGGGAGGACAGACCACUCAGUCAUGUGUGAAAGAACAGGCUCUUCAUGUGUUGCUAAGUAAUGAGACGGUACAGGAGAAAUGCAUAUAGAUCUUGUGUAUUUGGAAUCCCAUGAACGGUUACUUCAACAGCUUCUCUAAGACUCCUCAUAUUAUUGUGAAGUUUCUGUGAGUCAGAGGGAUGUCCACACAUACAUUGACGACACUGCCUUCAGACUGCCCCAGAUGGCUUUUCAGACAGCUUCUGCUCUCCUAAGGGACUUAUUCGGUUAGCGGAAGUGUUAGUGCCAACAGAAAUAGAUUGGCUCCCAGGAUGACUCAUUUGACAUCCUCUAAAGACGAGGAAUGGCACAUUUAAACAAUGUUGAAAAGCUUUUGGUAAGCCUGACAGGAGGAAGGACAAACAAGAGAGAGACAACUGUGAGAGAGAGAGGAUGUCUGCUCCACUUUGAUGUCAAGCUACCUCGACCAGAAACAUCAAUGUUUGUUUGUUUUUCCUGUCUUCUCGCACAGGUCAGAGAGCAAGGCAGUAAGAGCAGAGCAGCUUCUCCAUGGCCUAAAGGGGCAUUGGCUGUACACUGUAGCUAAACAGUUUAACACUAGCUUCUUUCAAUCAUUGUACAAACUGAGGGUUAGUAUUUAGAGUAUUUAAGCUACAAUGAUUGAGAUGUACAGAAUAGUUAUUAUGAUUCUUUGGAAAGGAAUGUAGUAUAGGGCCUGUCAUUACGUGCCAAACUGCCAUGAUAACACCAAGGAAAAGUCAGUUCUCACAAAACGAUAUGUCUGUAGAAGGUUUGCUGUUCAGAGAUGCACUUCACUUGACUGUUUUGCAUCACAUAAUAUCUUUAGAGAGUUAAUGUAUAGUGCAGUAUUCUGUGUAAUAACAUUAUCCAUGAGUUGUCCUUCAGGUGAGUGAAAUGAGUUGUGCCAACAUGCAGGGUAGUUUGCCAAACUCUGUAUAUGAAUUUCUAUACUCUGGUACCAGUUUUUGAACGUUUAUCAGAUUAUCAGUAAUUCACCUAAGUAUUGUCAUUGUCAUUAUUUAGUGACUUACGCAAUCAGCCUGGUCUCAUAUACUAGUAUACAUAAACCAGGGACACCAGAUUAGUAUGACAUGUUAUGUUUGGUAUGAUUACAUAAGACAGAAGGGUACUUAAGGAAAAAUGAAAGGAGGGCGGUUAGUCGGCGUAUAAAGCAAACGUCUAGCGCGAACGUCUAGCGCGAAAACGUCUAGCGCGAACAUCUAGCGCGAACGUCUAGCGCGAACGUCUAGCGCGAACGUCUAGCGCGAACGUCUAGCGCGAACGUCUAGCGUGAACAUCUAGCGCGAAAACGUCUAGCGCGAACAUCUAGCGCGAACGUCUAGCGCGAACGUCUAGCGUGAACAUCUAGCGCGAAAACGUCUAGCGCGAACAUCUAGCGCGAACGUCUAGCGCGAACAUCUAGCGCGAACAUCUAGCGCGAACGUCUAGCAACCCAAAGGUUGCGCGUGCGAAUCUCAUCACGGACAACUUUAGCAUUUUAGAUAAUUAGCAACUUUGCACCUACUUAGUAUGUUAGCUAACCUUUCCCCUAACCCUAACUUUAACCUAACUCAUAAGCUUAACCCCUAGCCGAGCUAACAUUAGCCAGCUACCUGAGAUCAGGUUGAUGUAAUUUCUUCUCUAUGAGAAGUUUCAAGUAAUUCAAUCCCGCCAUGAAAUGUUACAAUAUGAAAGGUCCUUGUCAAUUUUUUUAUAUUAUGUUCUGCCAUAUCUGUAAACCCCCUAAAAUGACAGAUGUUUUUCAUUUUAAAUCCAAUAUGCUUUUAUUUUAUCCACCCUCUAAAAUAUUAAUUUAAGCAAUACAUUCUAAAAAUGAAUUUAAUUGAUUAACAGUAAUUGAGACCCAUCUAUUGUCUUCAAGGAUUUGUGCAUGACUCCAUUUCCCUUGGACCACCUAUGAGACUGAACGUGUGGAUGUGCAAAACAUCACGCACAAGAGUCAGUGUCAUGCAGUGUGUGUGUGUGUGUAUCAUUAAACUACAUGUCAUCUAAGAACAAGCGGAAAUCAUUUAUGUAAGCAGGAAGGUUCUCAGACUCAGAUUCCUGACAGAGUUUAGAGGUCAUAUUGUGACCCUGUUAGCACACAGAUGCUACUGAAAGGUACAGGCCACUGCUUUCCCAGUUUACGCAAGUAUAAUUGGCUAAACAAACUCUAACGAACUUGGGUCCAAGGCUGUUAACGAUGAAUUCAAGUUCAAACACGCAAAAAGAAUCCCAGAUCUACUAGUUAGUAACUGCACACACACACACACACACACACACACACACACACACACACACACACACACACACACACACACACACACACACACACACACACACACACACACACACACACACACACACACACACACACAAAAUA